UGGAAGUUUACUCAGACAUUACCAACCAUUCACUGACAAGCCAAAAGCUGCCGGUGAAUAUGGAAAAGCUCGAUGAAAGUCGAAUCUCUACAGAAAUCGUGAACACUCCUGACUUAGUUGUAGAAAUAAACGCCAAAAGUCAGGAGAGUGAAAAGACAGUUCGCGCAGUCCUUCGAGAGUUGUUAAAGGCUGGGUUUGAAGUUGCCGUUCGACCUGGAACAGAGACCAAUUUAUUCUUCUUGGUUAAAGCUCCUUCAGAACUAGUCCUUCAAUUAAUAAACAAGGAUCGUACUUGUUCCUUCCUUUAUGGAUCGCUGAACGAUGUGGAAAGUGUCCGAAUUUACGAUAUUGCUUUAGUAGAAACAAGUGAUCGUAUACGUGUCCUUUAUGAAUACAUAACCGGUAUAAAAAAAGAAAAUUGCCUUGGCAUUGUCCCAAGUGAAGAGCCUUACAAGAAUAUAGUGGAUAUCUACCCUCUUCACAAUGCCAAUGUGGAUCAACGAUGGAUGAGCUCCUGGAGGUUCAAAUUAUUUUUGAAAAUCCAAGAUUUGGAUAAAAUCAAAUCUGAGUAUGGCUCUCAGAUUGCUCUUCAUUUUGCAUUUCAGGAUUUUUUUAGGAGCAUGCUUGGUCUUUUAUCGCUUUGGGGGGUUUUAGGUCACUUUUUGCUUCAACAAUACUCCGUUAUUUACUCUAUAGGAAUGUCUAUAUGGGGUAUUUGUUUCAUUCAGUUUUGGAAGUAUAAAGAAAGUCAGCUUUCCAGACGUUGGGCUACGAAUCAUAGUGAGUACUACGAAAAGAGUAGAGAAGAAUUUCAUCCUUCUUCGAUAGAAGUAAAUAAUACCUCUGGCACCUUACAAUCAAGCUAUCCCCAUUGGAAAAUGGUCCUGCGAAGCUUAAUUACGACAGCUCCCCUUUUUAUUAUUUCAGGCAUAGUUCUCUUGAUUUUGAUAUCAAUUGCUUUCGGUUUCGACGUAACGCUUACUGAGGUUUAUUCGGGCCCUUUCAAACCAUUGGUCGCUCUUCUUCCAGCAUUGAUCUUCCAAAUUCUCACUCUUCCAUUUAAUAUUAUCUAUACAAUAGUUGCUGAAAAACUUACAGCUUGGGAAAAUCAGAGAACAAAGAACAAGUAUCAGUCGUCGUUAGGCUCGAAGAUAUUUUUACAGCACUUUAUGCUUUCCUAUACAGCUCUAAUUCUCAUAUCAUACAUUUAUGGACCCUUUGGUGAACAUCUCGUGUCAAAUGUCUUGCAAAACAAAGCUGCCAGUAUGACGAUGCAGCUUUCUUUCAUUACUGACUCCAAGUUUCAACUAAAUCCUUUAAGACUUCGCAAUCAGUAUUUUUAUUUUCUGACAAAUGCACAGGUUAUUAAUUAUCUCACGACUCUGCUUGUCCCUCAAAUCAUUUCAUAUUUGAAAAGACUUGUGAAAUCAAAGUUUACCAAACCGCGCUUGACUAUCCAAGACGAUGAUGCUGAGGCUAAAUCUCUUAACUCUAUUAGAAAGCAAUCUGAACUUUCUAAAUAUGAUGGAUACAACAACUACAAAGACUUGGUAUUAAUUUUUGGUUAUCUUGUUAUGUUUUCUCCUAUUUAUCCGUUAGCUCCUUUAAUUAUGUACGUGAAUAGCCACUUAAUGGUUCGUUCUUCCGUAUACAAACUUUGCAGGUUGUCAAAGCGUCCGGUUGGCGCACGCAUAGAAUCCAUUCAAGAUUGGAACCAACGUCUAUCUUUCAUAAGUUGGAUGGGUAGCAUUACCAUGCCUUCAAUAAGUUAUUUGUAUUCCCCGAUGCAAAAUCUCACGAAACAGAAACUAUAUUAUUCUUUAUUGGUAGGUUUCUUCUCUGAGCAUGUAUGGUUUUUGCUUCGCUAUAUCAUAUCUUCGUUUUGCCCAGUUGAAGAAACACCGCUAUUCUUGCUGCAAGAACGUGAACAUAUAUUACACGGCAGAAUUGAAGAGAUCAUGCAUAGUGUUGGACAUUUACAAAAAACGAACCCUUUUGGAGAGAGUACUGAAGUCUUGGCACUCUAUAGAUCUGCAGAAUCUAAGAAGACUAUUUAGGAAUUCCCUUCGUCUUUGUUUUUUGCUGUAGUUAAUAUAGAUUUAUUAUUUCAUCUAAUUAGACCAAAAUAGGUUAUGCAAAGCAUUCUAUGAAACAUUAUCCCCGGAUAAAAUUCAAGUAGGAGGG